UUGCCUUCAAAUCCAUUAUUUAUGUUAGGUUGGGCAGAAGUGGCCAUUAAAGAAAGGCUAUUAAGAUCCACAGAUCUGUCUUCCUAAACAAAAUGCCUGCAAUCAAUUAAUUACAUCGUGUAUAUGUAUGCAAUGCUCCUCUUUCCCAUUUCCUGAUUCACUGCAGCGGAGCGGAGCUAUGUUGUCAGUUGACGCCGGCGGGAGUGGGAUUGAUCACCGCCCCAGCAACCUGCAUUUGAAGAAGGAGCUCACCCAAAUCAGGAAGGCCGCCAGAGUGCUCAGGGACCCCGGAACCUCCUCAUCUUGGCGCUCUCCGCCUCUUGGCUCUGCAAGAUCUCUUCACUACAAGAGCAAUGGUAAUGCUGUUGCUUCUCCCUCUCAACACAUUUUGCACCCUCCUUCGCUUGCAGGGAGUGGGAAUAGUAAUAAUGCUGGUGGUAGGAAAGGGAAAGGGGAUAGGGGGAGGGUUUAUUUGUGUAACUGGAGGAAUCAGAAGCCUGAGAGUGAGAAGAGUAGGCGGAAUGGUGAAGAUGAGGGGUCCUCGUCUAGUUUGAAUGGUGGUGGGAAUGAUUCGAAGAGUGAGGGUUAUUUGAGUGAUAGGUAUGGUUCGUCGGUGUCUAAGUGUAGGCGUACUGUUAAGAAGAAGUCGAAGAGGGGUAAUUGUUCUAGUGGUGGUUCUAGGCAUCAGAAGGAGAAGUUGCAGAUGAGGAUGAUUUUGAGUAGGUAUGCUAAGAAUGUUGCUGACUGUUCGCCUAGUGUGGGAAUGAGGAGGGAUGAUUUGGCUAAAUUGGGGGAUCAGUCUGAUGAUAAUGGGGAUUAUUGCAAUUCUGAGGAUUUAGGGAGGGAUUCUGCGAUAUCGCCUUUGCUUGCUAGGCUUAAGAAGAAAGGUUGGUCUCGUUCACCGACAAAGUUGUUGAGGAGUCAUAGGAAGGAGGAUGAUUCCGUUUCGUAUAGCACACAAGCAUUGUCGACAAGCUCUUAUAAUAGGUAUGCUGUUAGGAACCCAAGUACUGUCGAGUCUUGGGAUGCCACCACCGGGUCAUUGAAUGGUGCUGAUGAUGAUGGGGAUGAUCAGUUGGAUUUGCCUGGACGUCAGGGUUGUGGAAUUCCUUGUUACUGGUCUAGAAGGUCGACACCAAAGUCUAGAUAUGGGGGGAGUUCUUGUUCUCCGUCUCUUUCUGAUGCUCUAAGAAGGAAAGGAAGCAGCUUGUUUUGUGGAAGUCAGACCACGUCCCAUGGAAGACAUCAUCGUUUGCCUUUGGCUUCCAACAAGAGGAGACUCAGCUCCAUGACAGCAGGUCAAAGCCUCAUUCCUCUUAUUGGAAAUAGUGCUGAUGGAAGAUUAUCCAUGAGAAGUGGGAACAGUGACGAUGAGCUCUCAACAAAUUUCACAGAGCUUGAUAUGGAGGCCUUGAGCCGGUUGGAUGGUAGGAGGUGGUCUUCAAGUUGUAGAAGUCAGGAAGGCCUUGAGGUAGUAGCUCUGAACGAGGAAGCACGUGAAGAAGGUUCUCCAGAGAAUAUCCGAAGCCUGAGCCACAAAUAUAGGCCAAUGUUUUUUGACGAAUUAAUUGGCCAAAAAAUAGUUGUUCAAUCUCUUACGAGUGCGGUUUCAAGAAGGCGGAUUGCUCCAGUUUAUCUAUUUCAAGGUGCUCGUGGCAUUGGUAAAACUUCCGCGGCUAGAAUCUUUGCUGCUGCUUUGAAUUGCAUUGCCACUGAAGGGAGUAAACCCUGUGGGAUCUGCCGGGAAUGUACUGAUUUCAUGUCUGGAAAGAGCAGGUGUCUUGAAGAAGUUAAUGGCUCCAAUAAGAAGGGAAUCGACCAAAUGAAAAAUCUGUUAAGAAACAUAUCAGCGGUCCAUCCCUCGGCACUUCCACAUUACAAGAUUUUUGUCAUUGACCAGUGUCAUUUACUGCCCUCAAGAACAUGGCUGGCAUUUCUUCGACUCCUUGAAAAACCAUUGCCGCGUAUUGUUUUUGUACUCAUCACAACUGAUGUUGACAAUGUACCACGCACCAUAUUGACUCGUUGCCAGAAGCACGUUUUCAACAAAAUUAGCAAUGGCGAUAUUGUUACUCGCCUAAAGAAGCUUGCAACUGAUGAGAACUUAGAUGUUGAUCCAAAUGCGUUAGAGUUGAUUGCCUCAAAUGCAGAUGGUUCACCACGAGAUGCAGAAACCAUGCUGGACCAGUUGAGUUUGUUUGGGAAACGAAUCACUAAGUCCCUGGUGAAUGAGCUUAUGGGGGUUGUCUCUGAGGAUAAAUUACUUGACCUUCUGGAGCUAGCAAUGUCAUCAAAUGCUACAGAGACAGUUAGAAGAGCGAGGGAAUUAAUGGAUUCGGGUGUUGAUCCAUUAGUACUAAUCUCUCAGUUGGUGACACUUAUUGUGGAUAUUAUUGCUGGGACUUAUUCAAAUGCUGAUGCAAAGGACAACUAUCUGUUCUUUGGUGGGAGAAAUUUGACUGAAAGAGAAUCGGACAGACUUAAGCACGCAUUAACUCUACUGUCUGAGGCGGAAAAGCAUCUCAGAGUUUCAACGGAACGAUCAACCUGGUUCACAGCAACCCUAUUACAAUUAGGUUCUAUGUCUUCUCCAGAUCGAACUCAGUCCACCAGUAGUCGACGACAGAGUUCAAAGGCAACUGACGAGGAGCACGUAAGUAUGGUUAGAGAAUCUACAGCCCCCAAGCAGAACUCAGAUGCACAAUUUGCACCUCAAAAGUCAGGUUCGCCCUCACCCUUUAUGGUUGCUGCUCACUGCAAUUCAACGAGCAACGAAAAACCAGUCAGACAAAUUGCCAAACCCAAUCAAAGCCAAUUCAGUGAUAGCGGAAAUCUGACAGGCUCAAAUGGUGAUUUCGCAACUGGUCAAACGACAAUGACAUGCAUGGAUUCGAGGAUGUUGAAUAAUAUCUGGAUCCAGUGCAUUGAGAAGUGCCAUUCUAAGACACUGAGGCAACUACUUCAUGGUCAUGGAAAGCUUGUUUGUUUGUCUGAAACGAAAGGUGGUUUGAUUGCCGACAUUGCGUUUGAGGAUGGUAACACCAAGAGCCGAGCACUAGGUUUUCUCAGCAGCAUCACUAAUGUAUUUGAAUUCGUUUUACGAAGCAACGUGGAGGUUAGGGUAAGUCUGCUGCACGACUGGAGAGUCAGAACCUCCUCUGCAGAUGUUAGUACAUCGGAAGAUGGCAAAUCAGAUCUCCCCUUGCGGAGAAUCGAAUCCAUUAUCCACGAGCAAAGGCUGGAAACCGCGUGGAUGCAUGCAAUGGAGAAAGGAGCCACUGCAUCAUGGAAGCCAGAAAGGAAUCAAGUCCUGCCUCAGGAUGGCAUAGAUCAUCCACACGUAUUGAAUUCGAAAGUGCAGCAAUGGGAAGAUGAGUUGCAUCAUGAGAUUAAAGUACUCAAAAUCAAUGAUCAGACAGGUAACAAGAUCGGCCAUCACCCCAUAUCUCCGAGCUUGCUGCAUAACGCCACCACCUUCCCGGAUAACAUGGGAUAUGAAUCUAGCAGUGGCGCAGGCGGUUGCAGCGCCUUCUUAUGUUGGAAUAACCGCAGACCUCAAGGAAGAAGAAAGGGUGUACAAGUACAACCCAAAGGUGGAAGAAGAUUCUCUUUAAUUGGAGAGUGUGCUAAAUUGAGGAGAUCAGAAAACAAGAGAUUGAGCAUAUGAUCACCUAAUCCAUUCCCUUUGAUUUUGUAUUUAUAGGUGAUUUUCAAAUAUCAUUCAUACCAUGUAAAGUUACACCUUGUGUCUCAUCAUUUACUUAAUUCUACCAAUACUAAUAAAAUUUAUAGACC